AUGGAAUACUUAUCUAGGUCUUUGUUAGUUGCUGAAACUAAUAAGUUUAUCACUGGCAUUAAAGUUUCUAGGAAAGCUCCGCCUAUGACUCAUCUACUUUUUGCUGAUGAUAUCCUUAUAUUUGGUCAAGCUAAUAUUAACAAUCUUAGUCCUAAUGAUUGUGCCAUUCUUGCUCAGGCUCUUAACAUGUCUUUGGUUUCUGAUUCUGAAUAUUAUUUUGGAUCUCCUUUACUUCUUGGUCAUUCUAAGAUUAAGUCUUUUGAUCCUAUUAUGCAAUCCUUUGAAGCUAGAUUAAGCAAUUACAUUGGCACCACUAUCAAUCAAGCAGGUAGAUCUACUCUUAUUAAGUCAGUUCUAAAUUCUUUACUAACCUAUCAAAUGGGAUGCAUCAAAAUUCCUACUACUUUGAUUAGCAAACUUGACUCUCUGCAAAGAAAUUUUUGGUGGGCUCAUAGGAUUGGUAAAGGGAUUAAAUUCAUUGCUUGGGAUGACAUAAACAUUCCUAAAGAUUUAAGAGGUUUAGGAUUUAGGAAUCUUGAAAAUUUCAAUAUUGCUCUGAUUUGUAAGCUUGUUUGGAAGAUUCUUACUGAACAGGAUGAACUUUGGGUGCAAAUUCUGAACACUAAGGAUUGGAAUGUGCACCUGGUUUAUUAUCUGUUUUCUCCUGAAUCUGCUGAAAGUAUUCUGGCGAUGACUAUUCCAGCUAUUGGUACAAUCUUAUUUGGAUACCAGAUAGGAAAGAACAAUUCUCAGUGCACAAGUUGUUCGGCUCAAGUUUGGAAGGCUUUAUGGAAAGUCAAAUUGCCUCACAAAGUUAAACUCUUUGCUUGGAAAUGCAUUAGAGACAUAGUUCCAACUAGAGACAAACUUUCUAAGUAUAAACCAAAUAUAGAACUUCAUUGUAGUCUCUGCAAUCAUCCUAAUGAAUCUGUGAAUUAUAUGCUUCUGGAAUGUCCUUAUGCUAGAUCAGUUUGGUUGAGUUUAAACACUAAUGUUGGUAAUAUUAUGUUUCAGCAUGGUUCUCUAAAGAACUGGGUCAUCUCUUGGUUUUCUGCAGGAAAUAAUCUUAUCUUUGGAUCAGGUAUUACUAGGAAAGAAAUUAAUGAGUUACUCAUGGUAGCUGUUUGGACUAUCUGGAAAGAUAGGUGUUCUAAGGUCUUUCAGAACAUCAAUCCCAACAACAUGUUGUCUUUGGAAAAUAUUCAUGGGCUUACUGCUCUUGUUAAUAAUAAUAUUACUGUCAGUAACAACUCUUUGCAGGUGUUGAGGUGGAAACCUCCAGAUUCUGGUUACAUUAAAAUAAAUUUGGAUGCAUCUUUUCUGCAAGAAAAUAUACAGUGUGGUAUAGGACUGAUUAUAAGAAAUUUUGCAGGCAAAAGCAUUGGUGCUCAAGGGAAAUACUUUGAUGGAGGAAUGAUGCAGGACUAG